AUGGCGGACUUAGCAAACGAAGAGAAACCUGCCAUAGCUCCUCCAGUAUUUGUGUUUCAGAAGGACAAAGCACAGAAGCGAUCUGCCGAUGGAUCAAGUGCAGAAGACGGAGAAGAUUCAGACAGAGAAGAUGGAGAGUAUUGUCCUCCAAUGAAAAGGGAGAGAACUUCCUCUCUAAACCAGUUCCCACCAUCACACUCAGUUUCCAAGAAUAAUGUCUUUAUGCCCUCAAGUUUCUGCCAGUCUCCUACCGGUAACUCAGACUCAGAGCCAGAGGAAAAGCCAGUUGGAUUUCGAUUGAAACCUCCAACCCUGAUCCAUGGACAGGCCCCCAGUGCAGGUUCUCUUGCAGGCCUCCCGAGUCAGAAGCCUAAGGAGCAGCAGCGGAGUGUUUUACGACCAGCGGUUCUCCAGGCUCCGCCCACCAAAACGUUCACGGACAACAGUAAGACUACAGACUCCACCUGUGGGACGAAUGGUGUUGGGAAGUUCUCAGACGCGGCAUCUCAGGAGGGCCGGCCGUUUUUCGGUAAUAGCACAGAGAACUUGGACAAAUCACAGAAGCAAGAGAAAGAGGAGGGAGACGGCACUGCUGGUAAGACGGGAGAGAGCGGCCAGAAAAAGGAUCUCCUCGCUGAUUCCAGUUUUGUGUUUGGACAGAAUAUUAAGGAAAGAGCAAAGUUGGAUGGAGAAAGCACAGCGAGCGAUUGCAAAGACUCUGCGACACAAGAGUCUGUGUCAGGAGGAACUAAUUACUUUCUGCAGUACAUCGGCACCCCAAGUUCCCAGAAUGCCACAAACAACGUAGACAAAGGGGCAAAAUUUGUCUUUGGGCAGAAUAUGUCUGAGCGAGUGCUGAGCCCUCCUAAGGGUGGAGAAUCAGCAGCUGAUACUGGUAAAGAAAGUCCUGCUCCAUCAUCAGAACCCUCAUCACAGGAGGCUACACCAGACAAGAAUCACAGCGUGACUGAGUCCCUAGAGGAAUCAGCCGCAGCUUACACCAAAGCCACCGCCAAGAAGUGCAUUCUGGAGAAAGUGGAGGUGCGAACUGGAGAGGAGGCUGAGAGUAAUGUUUUACAGAUGCAGUGCAAGUUAUUUGUGUUUGACAAACCAGCCCAGUCUUGGAUUGAACGAGGUCGUGGGCUCCUGAGACUCAAUGACAUGGCAUCCACUGAUGAUGGAACGUUACAAUCCAGAUUAGUCAUGCGUACCCAGGGCAGUCUUCGUCUGAUCCUCAACACUAAGCUGUGGCCCCAGAUGCAGGUGGAUAAGGCCAGUGAGAAGAGCGUCCGCAUCACUGCCAUGGACACAGAGGACCAGGGAGUCAAGGUCUUCCUCAUAUCGGCCAGCUCUAAGGACGCCGGGCAGCUGGCUGCAGCGUUGCACCACCGCAUCCUUGCGCUGCGGAGCCGUGCGGAACAAGAGCCGGAAAGCACACCCGCCCAGCCUGAGCCCGAGGUACCGCAGUCUAACGAGGACGACAGUGACUACGACGAGCCUGCCAAUAACCCAGUCACAGGAAACGCUACUGCUAGCGGUACCUCUGAAGGUGGAGAGGCCCCAGCAGCUGAGAGCACAUAGCAUCAUCAUCAUCUGCCCGACACAAAACUUCUCAACAGGGUUUUAGUGCAGGCAUCUCUUCGGGUGGCCCUAAUCAACUUGGCACUCUAAGACCAGUACUUUGGAUAUUAGAGAUCUAACCCUGUAUUGGAGUCUCUCACCUAACUUGUGUAGUUCAUUUUUUUUCUCCUCUGCAUUUAAUGUAAAUCUGGAAUUUGGAUUUGUUUUGUUUUUAUUUGUA